AUGAUGAGGAGAGAUUUGGAGAAGAUGCCUGAUGCAGUGUCUCGGACAUGGCUCCAAGGAACAGUCCGAGAAAAAAUGAGAGAACAUUUAAAAAUAUUUAAAGACAUAAUGACUUCACAUGACAGUCAGUCCACAAAGUUUUUGGUUUCUUCAAAAGACCACACAAUCCAUCCAGGUUCCUGCAUUCUCUUGUAUAAAAAUGGAUCUCAUAAAGCUCUUUGCUUUACUCCUCCAGCUAAACCAGACUGUCCAAUCAUUAAACAGGUCAAAGGUCACAGUGUAGUUUUGAAGGUACCUCCAACAUGUCAAGCUACAGAAGACCUCAGGUUAAUGUAUAAAAUAAAGGAAGAUAAAGACUGGAAAUCUCAGCAUGUACAACAGAGCAAAGAUACAGUAACUCUGACAGAUCUCAGUCCAGACACUGAGUUUGAGAUUAAAUAUACAGCAGUUGGCAAACUGAGCUACACCAUAGACAGUGAUGUCAUCCACAUCAGAGUCAUAGACAAGAAGCUCAUAAGUGCCACAGAGUCUGUCUUAGAGAGUCUUACUUUGACUGAAAGAAAGUGCAGUGAACUUAUGGAUGACAGCAGAUCAAAAAUAUUCGGUGCAUUUAACAGAAAGAUUCAAGACAUGAUGAAACACUGUCAAACCUACAGACAAGACUUAAAUACCAGAAUUCAAUCCUUGAUCCAGUCAAUUCAAGCCUGUGAAAAAGACAUCUGUGAUUUGGCAAAUCUUCUACAAGCUCAUGAAGAAUCUCCAUUUAAAGCCACCAGUCUUACAGAGUGGAUCACCAUAAAAGAAAAAGAAUUAAAUGUAGUUACUAGAAUUCUUCAACAACUUCUGGACUCUGGAGCAGAGGAACACAAUAACUUGGAUACAAUUUUGUCAGAUAUUAAUGUGGAGAAUGUGUUGUGCUACACAUUCAGUUCUCUUGAGGAGCCAGAUGAGUUGCUUUCCCAUCAUGAAAAUUACCUAAAACAUCAAAUGAUGAGGAGAGAUUUGGAGAAGAUGCCUGAUGCAGUGUCUCGGACAUGGCUCCAAGGAACAGUCCGAGAAAAAAUGAGAGAACAUUUACAAAUAUUUAAAGACAUAAUGACUUCACAUCAUCGCAGUCAGUCCAUAACUUUUUUGAUUUUGUCAAAAGACCACACAAUCCAUCCAGGUUCUUGCAUUCUCUUGUAUGAAAACGGAUCUGAUGAAGAUAUUUGCUUCACUCCUCCAUCAAAACCAGCCUGUCCAAUCAUUAUACAGGUCAGAGGUCACAGUGUAGUUCUUAAGAUGCCUUCAUCGUGUCCUGUUACAGUAGAGCUGAAGUUACUGUACAAAAUGAAGGAAGAGAGAGAAUGGAAAUCUCAACAUGUGCACAAGAGCGAAGAUACAGUAACUCUAAAAGAUCUCAGUCCAGACACUCAGUAUGAUAUUAAAUAUACAGCAGUGGGGAAACUCAACUACACCACAGACAGUGAUGUCAUCAGAGUUGCUACACAUGCAGACACCGUUGAAGAGGCAUGCUUCUCUAAUGAUGACAAAAAAGAGAUCAGCAAAACAUGGAGUGAAAGACAGAAAAUAAAAAUGGAGGAAUCUGCUUUAAUGACAGAAAAUCAAGAAUCACAAAAGCAUCGAUUACAAAAAGAACUGCUGCAAAAAAACAAGCACAUUGAGGACGAACAGAAUAAUCAAAAGGAGCAAAAUGCAGAGUUGGAGAAUUUGAUGAGUCAAAAGGAGAGAUCGCGGGAGAAAACAUUCAAGGAGCUGGAAACCAGUAAACAUCAGCUAGAGGAAAAACAUGAACCAGACCAACAGCUGAGGAAUUCAGGUGGAGUCAAACUGUUCUCCAUGUUGACUGGAAAAACAAAUAACUCUCAUAAAAGUUUUGUUUACUCUCUGAUGAACCGAGUUGAAGAUCUGAGAGAAGUUCCUAUGGUGGAUGGGAGUAACAUUGUUUUGGUUUUCUGUCCUAUUGUUUCUCGAGCUGGAACUGAUAUUGAAGCAGCACUGAAAAUAUUUACUGACUCUACAGCCUCUAAAUUGAAAGUUCUGGUGGUGCUACAUCACUCAUUUGACCUAGAGAAAACUGUACCAGACAGCAGCAGAUGUGUCAACAGGACAGAUAUACUGACAGUGGACUGUCUGUUCUAUGAAGACACAGGAUUACUAAAGUGUCAGAGAAAUAAUGAUGCAAUAGACAAGGUUGUUGAUUGGUUAAUAGAGCAGGGGAAGACAACAGGUGUUGAAGUAUGUCCACGUCAAAAUAGAUCAAAGGGAUUAACAUCAAGGAAAGGAUCACACAAGUCUGUGCAGGAGGAAGGUCAAUCUGAGAUAGUGGAUUUUAAAAAGAGUAAAAGUAAUGAGCCAGAGAUUUGUACAGGUAAGGCUGUUACUCCAUGAGAGGGCUUAAUAAUAACUGC